AUGCCCAAGAUCACCGUGGGCGUUGCCCAGGCCCGUACCCAUUCCACCCUCGCUACCACCCUCGACGCCCUCUCCCGCAUCGCCCACCAUGCAGCCUCCCGCGGCGUGCAUCUGCUGCUCUUCCCCGAGGCCUAUCUCGGCGGAUACCCGCGGACGUGUUCCUUCGGCAGCAGCGUCGGCGCCCGCCAACCCCACGGCCGCGACCAAUUCCUCGAGUACUUCCACUCGGCCGUCGAUCUAGGCGAUACGCCUGCCGGCGCGGGUGAUGAUUGGGUCCGUCGCGCCCUGCCGCUCGCCGAGGGGAAGAAUCACCGCGGCGACGGCACCCGCGAGGCGCUGGAGAAGAUCGCCCGGGAGACGGGCGUGUUCAUCGUCACGGGAGUGAUCGAGCGCGCUGGGGGAAGUCUAUACUGUGGUGUUGUUUACGUGGAUCCGCUGCGAGGAUGUCUGGGCAAGAGGAGGAAGGUCAUGCCGACCGGAACUGAACGUCUCGUCUGGGCCCAAGGAUCUCCGUCUACCCUGAAAGCCGUGACUACCCAUCUCAACGGCGUCCCCGUGACCCUGGCGGCCGCCAUCUGCUGGGAGAACUUCAUGCCCCUGCUCCGACAGAGCCUGUACUCGCAAAACGUGAACAUCUACCUUGCCCCGACGGCGGACGCACGCGAUACGUGGCUGCCGCUGAUGCGCACGGCGGCGUUCGAGGGCCGCACGUUCGUUCUGAGCGCGAACCAGUGUGUUCGGUACAACGAGCUGCCGGAGUGGAUCACGUCUCACGCGGAAGGGCAGUUUGCGCAGGCUUCUGCUCCGACGCACGUGCAGCAGACGCAUUACCGGAAGCGGUCGGUGACGGCGGAGGGACCGCAUGAGAUCGUCUGGCCGGAUUGCAAGGCUGAUGGAGUUUCCAGCGACGCAACCUCGCCCUCCGUCUCCGUCCCGAGCACUCUUCCGACCGACUAUGUCUGCCGCGGCGGCUCCUGCAUCAUCGACCCGCAAGGCCAAGUGCUCGCCGGACCGAUCUGGGAGGUCAGCGCGGACGAUACGCCGGACUCUGCUGCGGCUGGGUACACGGACGGUGGACUGGGUGGCAAGCCGCGUGCCGUGGGCGACGGACUGCUCGUAUCGGAGAUCGACGUCACGGAUUGUGAGCGCGGACGGCUGGACAUGGACGUUGCGGGGAGCUAUUCGCGAAACGACUCGUUCAAGUUGCAGGUUGAUGGGUUGGAUUUGAACCCGCCUCCUUUUUAA